CAUGCCUGGAAAGGCAGUCUCAAUUGAGGGCAGCACCUCAGGCCCUGAAAUAGGAAGGGAGUGAGAGGAGCUGGGAGGAACCCAGGUGUCCUGGCUCCCAAACACGCCAGACUCCCCUACCUCCCCAGUGCUGAGAUAGAGCCUAGGUGUCCUGGGCCUGGCCAGCUGCAGGGUGGGGAACCCAGGUGGGGCUAGGUAGUGGGGGCUGGGAUGUGUUGCCCACCCCCCCCCCAACCUGGGAUCCCACUCACCCUGCCCCCACCUUGGGCUGCUCCUUGCCCUGCCUCCCAGGCUGCAGCACUGUUAUCAGAUGGUGCCAGGCGGGGCUGAGUCGAUAACCCCGCUAUCAGCUGUCCCGUGGUGCCCUCUGCGGGUGAAAGUCCAGGAGGGAGACAGCUGCACUGCACAGCCCCAGGGACUGGUCUAAGCCUGUUACCAGCAUGGACAUACUGGAGACGGAUGCCCACCACCGCAGGAAGCUCGCUGCUGAGGCCAGGGGCCGCACUGUGCGGCUGCUCCCAUUCCUGGUGUCCUGUGCGCUCUACUUUGGGCUGUGGCUGCCAGAGCCGAGCUGGCCCAGUGCUGUGACCAAGAUCCUGCCGGUCCUGAGCCUGGUGCUGUUCAUUUGGAGCGAAAGUAAUGGGUCCUGGACGCCCUAUGCCCAGGGCAUCUUCUGGGGGCUGCUGUGCUCCUGUGCUGGUGACAUCUGCCUGGUCUGGCCUGACCUCUUCCUGCCAGGUGCAGGUGCCUUUGCCAUUGCCCACCUCUGCUAUCUGUGGGCACUGGGGCUGCGUCCCGUCCGCCCUGUUGCCUUCAUGUUGACGGCUGUGGUCUGGACUGCAACCUUGGUCUGCCUGAAGCCCUGCCUGGAUAGCCCAGUGCUAGGUUGUGCAGGGAUCUACUCCGCCCUGCUCUUGGCCGCAGCCUGCAGGUCUCUGUCCCGUCUGCCUUCGCCUCACUGGAGCCCGUGGCUCGUGGCCUGCGGCUUCCUCCUCUUUGCCGCCUCUGAUGCCAUCCUGGUCUUUGACCGCUUCUGUUUGCCGCUCCCCCGGGCCCGGCUUGUGGUCAUGGUCACAUACUACAUGGCUCAGAGCCUCAUUGCAGCCUCUGUGGUGGGGGAGGCCAUCCACUGGAAGGACAUCUGAGGCUGGGGUCUCUCCCAUGACCUAUGAACCCACGCAGGAUGUUGGUGACCUCUCACCAAGUGUUGACUUGGAAGUUAUCUGGUUGACCUUUGACCAAGCUCUGUCCACCUCUGACACCCAUGGCCCCCAAGAAAAUCAACAAAAUCGUGGGUUAACCCAGAAAUUAUUCCAUUGGCCUUUACCCACCCCCCAACCCAAGCACCGCCAACCCAACAGGAUGCUGUUCACCUUUGACCCCUGUGAUUCCCUCCUACCCCAAGAGAGCCAACAGAGUUGCAAGUUGACCUGCAAUUGAUUCCCAUGACCUAGGAUUGACCCUAUGCCAAAGCUGAGCCAGUUGGGAGAGUCAUUGGUUGACCCUUAUAACAGCUGACCUGGAAGUUAUUCAGUUGACCUUUGACACUCCCCCUCCAUGCACUGUUCACUUUUGUCCUCCAUGGCUGCCAAGAGAACCAACAUAGUCAUGGGUUGACCUGGAAGAUAUUCCUGUGACCCAGGACUCUGUCUCCAUGCUGACGAUGAGCCAAUUGGGAGGGUCACUGGUUGACAUUUGACCUUCAAAUCAGCUGGAAGUGAUGCUGGUGAACUGUCACCUGACGUGGCCAAGGUCAGGGGUCAGACCCUCACCACCUUUGUCAAGAGGAUGCCACAGUGUCCAAGCCAUGACCUGGAAGCAGUUUCUUUGAUGUUUGACUCUGCUCCAACAGCCCCAAUAACACCUGGUUGUGGAACAA